AAAAAGCCCCUGUGCAGCUGUGCUACUCUGGACAGUGGAGUCAGGUCUCCAACGGGACUUUUUCUUGGACAACUUUGUCUAAUUAAAGCACAUGAUUCUGCUUCGACUCUAUUUUUCUCUUCUCUGAAUACUGUAGAAUCUCUUGUCUGAGUUGUCACUGGCUAUAGAACUCACUAGCGAGUUCGACAACGACGGAGAGAGAAGCUAUUUCAGAUAUCUCUUUUGCUUCUCUUCUCAUAAUCGUCAUCAAUGGCCGAUGAACCUUCCCUCACUCGCUGGUCAUUUCAGGAUUUUAAAAUGUUUUAUGAUGCCAAGUUUGGGAUAAAGAAACAAACGGAAUCAUCACAAAAUGGUCAAAGCACUGAAAAGCCGGUUUCUAAUGGGAGUUCAUCGAAUGGGAAUGGCCAUGUUCAGAGGGAAUUGUCCAUUUUCGAGCAGUACCAGAACCAAGCUAGGAGCACAAAUGGAGAAUUGUCUAAUGGAAUUAAUGGGAUACCGCAGAAGCCACUGCUUCCUUCUUUUGAAUCAACUGAAACUCGUGCUUUAGCUGAGAGUUUAUGCCGGGAUAUAAUUCGUGGGAGUCCAGAUGUUAAGUGGGGAAGCAUCAAGGGGCUAGAGAAUGCCAAACGUUUACUUAAAGAAGCAGUUGUAAUGCCGAUAAAAUAUCCCAAGUAUUUCACUGGCCUUCUAUCACCAUGGAAGGGUAUUCUUCUUUUUGGCCCACCAGGAACAGGAAAGACAAUGCUUGCAAAGGCCAUUGCAACAGAGUGUAAGACUACAUUUUUCAAUAUUUCAGCAUCUUCUGUUGUCAGCAAAUGGCGUGGUGAUUCAGAAAAGUUGAUAAAGGUAUUAUUUGAACUUGCAAGGCAUCAUGCUCCUUCAACCAUAUUUCUGGAUGAAAUUGAUGCAAUAAUCAGUCAUCGUGGUGAAGGACGCAGUGAGCAUGAAGCUAGUAGGCGUCUGAAAACUGAGCUAUUGAUACAGAUGGAUGGUUUGACACGGACUGAUGAACUUGUAUUUGUUUUGGCGGCAACAAAUCUUCCUUGGGAAUUAGAUGCAGCCAUGCUUCGGCGUCUUGAGAAGCGAAUCCUUGUACCUUUGCCAGAACCAGAAGCAAGAAGAGCCAUGUUUGAAGAACUCUUGCAUUCACAGGCUGAUGAGGAGGGUCUUCCUUAUGAUGUAUUAGUGGAAAGGACUGAAGGAUAUUCAGGAUCAGAUAUCCGGUUACUCUGCAAAGAGAUAGCAAUGCAGCCCCUGAGACGAUUAAUGGCACUCCUUGAAGAGAGGCUGGAUGCAGUAGCCGAGGAUGAACUACCAAAAGUUGGGCCAGUUAGAGCAGAAGAUAUAGAGAUUGCUUUGAAGAACACGAGACCAUCAGCUCAUCUUUACGCACACCGAUACGAGAAGUUCAAUGAAGAUUAUGGUAGUCAGAUACUCCAAUGAAAGAUACUGCGCAGUUGAAGAAUUGUUAGUAUAAUUAUUUGUCGCUAGGUGUUUAAGAUUUUAUUUAUGAGUUACGUGAUUUUGUUAGUUAUUUAACCUUAAUCUUUUCAAAUUGUAUUAUUUCAAUACCUAAUUUUCUGAAUUAUAUAUUAUUUAUGAUACA